UAUCAUCAGUCAUUACAGCAACUAUAUGGAGGCUUGGGCUUCAGCUAUGGAGGCUUUGUUGGCCUGGGCCAUGACCAUGACUGUGGACAUGGAAGCUUCCAAAGACUGGGUCAUGGCUGUGGCUUCAGAGGCUAUGGAUAUGGCUCUGGUUAUGGAAGCUACAGUUACAGCUGCUGUCACCGUCCAUCGUGCUACGGAGGAUAUGGAUUCCUUAGUUUUUACUAA